CUUUUAACGCUAUGAGCGUGCUCUAUCUUUGUUAUUUAUUGAAAGUUGAACAAGGAUAAAGCACGCUUAUAGCGCUAAAAGUGUGCUCCCCCGAACCCAGCCAAAAAAUACGCUAGUUACAUCUAAUAUCGUUUUAUAAUUCAUGACCAUAAUUUCGAGAAUCGGUCACUAGCACCCAGUCAACGAGGAAAACGUCCUUUACUCUUGGAUAUACCACAAGAUAUAGCAGCAAUAACUAUAUCUGAAAAUUGUCCGCCAGAAUCAAAAAGAAGGACCUUCAAAAAUGUUAAAGAUAUACAAAUAUCACAGCGCAAAGCUGUUCUUCUUUCCGAUGAUGGCAUCCAUGCAAUGCAAAAAAUAGUGUCCGAACAUGAAGAAAGAGUGAGAAGACUUCUUAGCAAACCAUUUAAAAUACCAGUGCCCGGUUAUCAAUUAUCUGGACGAGUUCUUGGAUUAUGUUUGCCAGGACCACGUAGACCACUGCAUGAUCCUGAUGAUCCCAAUGCGUUAAUCGUUUAUUCGCCACCAGAAUUAUCCGAGCAUGAAAGAUUGAAAGUUGAUCCAUGUAAAAUACUAGUACACGUAGUUGUAGAUCCUAUAUUGUGCAAUGUCUUAAGGCCACAUCAACGUGAAGGCGUGAAAUUUAUGUAUGAAUGUGUAACAGGUAAACGUAUAGAAGAUGCAUAUGGUUGUAUUAUGGCAGAUGAAAUGGGUCUUGGCAAAACAUUACAGUGUAUAACACUAUUAUGGACAUUAUUGAAGCAAGGACCGGAAGCUAAACCAUUAAUAGACAAAGCAAUUAUUGUUGCACCCAGCUCUUUAGUAAAGAAUUGGUAUAAUGAAAUUAACAAAUGGUUAAAUAACAUGGUCAAUACCCUCGCUAUUGAUGGAGGAAAGAAAGCAGAAAUUGAUUCAAAACUUCUCAGGUUCAUGAAAACUUAUGGCGGCAGAUGUGUAACUCCUAUUCUCAUUAUAAGUUAUGAAACUUUUCGUUUACACGCACAUGUAUUACAUCAAGAUGAAGUUGGCCUUGUACUGUGCGAUGAGGGUCACCGUCUAAAAAAUUCCGAAAAUCAAACAUAUCAAUCCCUAAUGGGUUUAAAGGCUAAGAGAAGGGUAUUGCUCAGUGGAACACCUAUACAAAAUGACCUUCUGGAAUACUUUUCUUUAGUACACUUUGUUAAUCAAGGGUUACUAGGAACUGCACAGGAAUUCCGGAGAAAAUAUGAGACACCCAUAUUACGUGGCCAGGACGCAGCUGCAACAGACGAACAACGUAAACUCGCCCAGGAACGUUUGUCCGAAUUAGUAUCAGUCGUUAAUAAAUGUCUCAUUAGACGUACUAGCGCUUUACUUUCGAAAUAUCUACCACUUAAACACGAACUCGUAAUAUGCAUAAAAAUGGGAGAGUUGCAAACUCGUCUUUAUAAGAAUUUCAUACAGAGUGAUAGUAUAAAAAAGUCUAUGGAAGAGAGUGAUAAUCCAAAGAAUGGAGGUUGUUUAUCCGCUCUAGCUGCCAUAACUCUUUUAAAAAAGCUGUGCAAUCAUCCUGACUUGAUAUACGAUAAAAUAAUGGAAAAGGCAGAAGGAUUUGAAAAAGCUGCACAAUUGUUGCCGCCGCAUUACUCCACAAAGCAAUUGCUACCAGAAUUAUCAGGUAAACUGAUGGUUCUGGAUUGUUUGUUGGCGUCCAUUAAAACCACAACAAACGAUAAAAUAGUAUUAGUUUCUAAUUAUACACAGACCCUCGACUUAUUCGAGAAACUGUGUAGUAAACGUUCCUACAAUUAUGUGAGACUUGACGGUACGAUGACUAUCAAGAAAAGGUCGAAAGUAGUCGAUAGUUUUAAUAGUGAUACCAGCAGCGAUUUCAUCUUCAUGCUCAGCUCGAAAGCCGGUGGAUGCGGCUUGAAUCUCAUCGGUGCGAAUCGUCUUGUCAUGUUCGAUCCGGAUUGGAAUCCCGCAAAUGACGACCAAGCGAUGGCCCGAGUUUGGAGAGACGGCCAGAAGAAGCCAUGCUUCGUCUAUCGUUUUCUUUCUACUGGGACGAUAGAAGAGAAAAUAUUUCAGAGACAAGCUCAUAAAAAAGCAUUGAGUUCCACAGUAGUUGAUCAAGAGGAUGAUGUAGCCAGGCAUUUCACUAUAAAUGAUCUUCGCGAUUUAUUCAAAUUAGAAGAAAAUACUGUUUCAGAUACACACGACAAAUUCAAAUGCAAACGAUGCGUCAAUGGGAUCGAGGUGAAAGGUCCACCGGAACAAUCUGACUGCAAUUCCGAUUUGUCCGAAUGGCGACACUCGCAUAAUCCGCGGCAUUUACCGGAUAUACCAUUACGACAGUGUUGGGCUAGCGGUAUUUCAUUCGUUUUUCAUCAUCGCUCACAUGAACAUGUAAAAUAAUUAUGAUUGAAGAAUAAUUUAUUAGUAUUUUGUUUCAAAAUGUAUUUUGCAACAGUAUUUUGAUAAAUUUACAAUAUUUUUUUCAUCGGUCAUUAAUGAAAUAUUAAGUGAAGUAUUAAAUAUGAUAAUUGCAGAAAAUUUCAAUUUUUUAAGAGAUACUACAAAAUUUAUUUAGAUAAUAUUUUUUUUGCAAAAAUAGAAAUAUGAAAGAGAGAGAAAGAGAUUGAAUUUGUAUUCAAAUAUAUAUGGCAUUAAACUUUUUUGUUGGGAGAAAAUGUUUUAUAUUAAUUUUUUGGUCAACUACAGCAACUACAAGCAAAAAACAGUUGCAAAAUAUUUUUGCUUCAAAAUGCAAUAAAAUGUGAGUGAUAUAAAUGUGCCUUAUGUUUUGUAUAAAUUAUUUCAUUUAAUGUUUAUAAAAAAAGAAGUUAAAUUACAUA